AUGGCGCGGCUCCUGAGACUUUGCACUUGGCUGCUGGCUCUUGGCCCCGGGCUCUUGGCGACCGUGCGGGCGGAAUGCAGCCAGGAGUGUGCGACAUGCAGCUACCGCCUGGUGCGUCCGACCGACAUCAACUUCCUGGCUUGCGCACUGGAAUGUGAAGGAAAACUGCCAUCCCUCAAAAUCUGGGAAACCUGCAAGGAGCUCCUGCAGCUGUCCAAAUCAGAGCUUCCUCAGGAUGGCGCCCUCAGAGAAAGCAGCAACCAGGAGGAGAGCCACGUGCUAGCCAAGAGGUACGGGGGCUUCAUGAAAAGGUACGGGGGCUUCAUGAAAAAGGACGUGGAGGAUGACUCUACGGCCAAUUCCUCGGACCUGCUCAAGGAGCUGCUGGGAACAGGCGACACCCGAGAGAGUAGCCACCCCCAGGCAGGCAGUGAUAAUGACGAAGAAGUGAGCAAGAGAUACGGGGGCUUCAUGAGAGGCUUAAAGAGAAGCCCCCAGCUGGAAGAUGAAGCCAAAGAGCUGCAGAAGCGCUAUGGGGGCUUCAUGAGAAGGGUGGGCCGCCCAGAGUGGUGGAUGGACUACCAGAAAAGGUACGGAGGUUUCCUGAAGCGCUUUGCUGAGUUCCUGCCCUCGGAGGAGGAAGGCCAAAGUUACUCCAAAGAAGUUCCUGAAAUGGAAAAAAGAUAUGGAGGAUUUAUGAGAUUUUAA